AAGUAGGAAAUAAAAAAGAAAAAGAAAAGAAAAACACGCAAACCCUCUUUCUCUCUCAGAUCUAUCUCUUCCCCACCAGACCUCACUUUCUCUCUCUCGUGUCCGAUCUGCCAGACUUGAACGAUCACUUUCCAGUCGCCGACAAGCUACACGUGUCGUACAGGCGUGUUCCCCGGCCUCCGAAAUUUCGACCCCUGCGAACUCGCCGCCGUACGCGCCCCUUAAGGUCCCCCAUUGGGCCUUCAAAAUUCGAACGAAUGGGAGUGCUACAAAGCUUUUCGAGUACUUUUUGGCCACCCUAAGCUACCACUAGCCGAGCCGCCACCACCAUACUCCUUAUGUUUUGGGCUUCAAAACCCACUGAAGGAUCGGACUCAACUGUGGUCGGAAUUGGAAUCGACGUUUUGGCUGGCUUAAAUCUGAAAUGGUUAUUUGAUUUUGGACUAGCAAAAUAGAUGCCAUCUUAAUGGACUCAUCAUUCAACUGCUCUUGAUAUUUCUCAGGCUAACCUUAUCAUCAACAAGGUGCCAAGUCUAUCAAGGGUACUCUAUAUUGGAUGGCUCCUGAAGUCAUUAUCCAGAGUGCUCAUCCUGAGACAUUGCCUUGACGGAGAGCUUCUAAAUUUAUCAAAGGAUUGUGCAACUAAGAAGAUAAACUUGGAUAUGCAUCCAAGGCGAUCUAUACGACUAGCCGGCACAGGGUCUGGGGCUAGACAUGAUGAGCAGGGCCAAAACCCUCUACUAGUCCCUGAGAACUGGCAGCAGAUACUUGCAGAUAUGCAAGGCCGGUUACAGAGUCAAGAAGUACAGAUUUGCCUCUUGAGACAGUAGGCUUCGUUAGGGAGUGAUGCACCUAUUUUUCCACCUGUUGUACCCAUAGUACACCCACCUGAGGUUGGGAACAGGUGGGAGCCACUUUAUGAGCGGUUCAGAAGACAACAUCCUCCAACCUUUGAGGGAGGACCAGAUCCACUGAAGGCUGAAUAGUGGAUGAGUAUGAUCACUUCUAUCCUGGAUUUCAUAAGGGUGAAAGGUAAUGCCAGGGUGGCCUGUGCAACCUAUAUGCUUAGAGAGGAUGCUUGUAUUUGGUGGGAGGUGGCAUCACAGACCAGGAAUAUUUCUACCUUGAGUUGGGAUGGGUUCAGAGAUCUAUUCAACCAGAAGUAUUAAAAUGUUUCCAUCAGGGCAACAAAGGUAAAUGAAUUCAUAGGGAUAGUACAGGGCAGCAUGACAGUUAUAGAGUAUGCCCUGAAGUUUGAUAGGAUGGAAAAGUUUGCAUCAGACUUGGUGCCUUCAGAUGCGGCCAGACAUAAUCGGUUUAUUCGAGGGCUCAAUGCUAUGACCUAAAGAGGCAGAAAACAUGAUCUGGAGGGAGAACACUGCGAGACAGGAUGUUCGCAGGGCAGUGCCUCCAUUCAUAGAAUUUGGUAGGGGCAGAGGCCCCAGUGAUUUAAAGAGGAGGACCCCUGACAUUUCGACCACUGCUGGUCCUGAUAAGAGUGGUCGAGGUGCUCACGGUGGCCGUCAGGGAGGCGAUGAGACAUGGAGGAGUUACCCAGAAUGCAUGAGGUGCAAAAAGCGCCAUUUGGGCAAAUGUUGGGCAAAGGCUUGCUAUUUGUGCAGGGUAGUGGGACACCCAAGAAAGACUACCCAACAACGAAGAAGGAGGAACCAGGGAAAGUGGACAACUUGACUCCAGCUCGAGUGUUCACCUUGAUGCAGGCGGAGGCCGAGGCUAGUCCCUCGGUAGUGACAUGUCAACUUUCUAGCGCUAGCUCCUCUUAUAUUGUAUUGAUUGACUCUGGUGCUACACAUUCAUUUAUUUAUAGUAAAGUGAUUGAUAGAUUGUGUAGACCUAGUGAGUAUUAUACUGCGAGGUUUUGGACUAUACUGCCUAUAGGGGAACUGAUAGUUUCUAGGAGAUGGAUUAGAGCACUGCCAGUGAUGGAAGAUAGUAGGGAACUAUCAGUAGAUUUGAUCGAGUUAGGUAUAGAUGAUUUUGAUAUGAUCUUGGGGAUGGAUUGGCUGGUCAGAUAUGGGGCUACUACAGACUACAGGAAGAAGAUGGUGACUUUUGAGCCUAAGGGAGAGGAUCCCUUUGUUUUAGUGGGUGUUGUGCAUGGAUCCCGCAUACCCAUGAUAUCAUCAUUGAGGGCUAGGGACUUAUUCCAGGGAGGUUGUUUAGGUUUUCUAGCUAGUGUGGUAGAUACCACCAAGGUUAUGCCAGCAGGGUCGGGAGAGACCAGAUUGGUGCGCGAGUUCUUAGAUGUGUUUCUUGAGGAUUUACCAGGACUGCCGCUACACAGGGAGAUUUAGUUCAUUAUUGAGUUAGCGCCGAGUACAGAUCCAGUGUUGAGGGCACCAUAUAGGAUGGCUCAGGCGGAACUGAAAGAAUUGAAGAUACAGUUACAAGAGCUUCUUGAUUUGAGAUUUAUUUGGCCUAGUUUCUCGCCAUGGGGUGCUAUGGUUUUGUUUGUGAAGAAGAAGGACGGGACUCUGAGAAUGUGCAUAGACUACAGGGAGUUGAACAAGUUGAUCAUUAAGAACAAAUACCCCUUACCAAGGAUCGAUGACCUAUUCGAUCACUUGCAGGGAAAGACAAUAUUCUCGAAGAUUGAUCUUUGAUCUGGUUAUCACCAGCUGAGGAUCAAGGAUGAGGAUAUACCGAAGAUGACCUUCCGAACGAGGUAUGGGCAUUAUGAGUUCUUGGUCAUGUCAUUUGGUUUGACCAAUGCCCCAGCAUCAUUCAUGGAUUUGAUGAACAGGGUGUUCAAGGACUUCUUGGAUAAGUUUGUGAUUGUCUUCAUCGAUGACAUCUUGGUUUACUCCAGUUUAGAGGCAGAGCGUGAACAACAUAUUUGACAAGUCUUGUAGAGAUUGAGAGAGCAUCGGUUGUAUCCCAAGUUUAAGAAGUGUGAGUUUUGGUUACCAGAAGUGACAUUCCUUGGACAUAUUGUUGGUGAAGAUGGGAUUAAGGUGGAUCCAGCUAAGAUAGAGGCAGUGAGAGAUUGGUCGAGGCCAAGGAAUUCCUCAGGGGUUAGAUGCUUCCUUAGAUUAGCGGGAUAUUACCGACGGUUCGUGGAAUGGUUCUCAAAGAUUGCUGCAGCGAUGACAGAAUUGACACGGAAGAAUCUGAAGUUCACCUGGUCAGAUAAGUGUGAGAAUAGUUUCUAGGAAUUGAAGCGACGACUAAUUACUGCUCCAGUGUUGAGUCUUCCUUCGGAGGAAGGGAAGUUUGUGGUAUAUUGUGACGCAUCGAGGUUGGGUUUGGGAUGCGUGUUGAUGUAAAAUGAGAAGGUUAUUGCUUAUGCGUCAUGGCAGCUGAAGGAGUAUGAGCAGUGGUACCCUACCCAUGACCUAGAGUUGGCAGCAGUGGUAUUCGCACUGAAAGUUUGGCGACAUUACUUGUAUGGGGAAAAGUGUGAGAUAUACACCAAGCAUAAGAGUUUGAAGUACUUCUUUACCCAGAAGGACUUGAAUAUGAGGCAGAGGCGUUGGCUAGAGUUGGUAAAAGGACUAUGAUUAUGAUAUUCUUUACCACUCAGGGAAAGCCAAUGUAGUGGCGGACACGUUGAGCCGGAGGGGCCUGGGACAGUUGUUUUGCGCAGCACAAAUAUUGAGAGAGUUGGCAGAGGAGAUGACUAGAGCGACUAGAGUCAGUGAUAAAUAAGCUAUCCUCAGCUACCAGUGGCUUAGCCGCGCCCUGUGCGCAAAUAUUGAUUCCGACACUCUUAGGUCGUUUAUCACAUGUCCUCAUGGCAUAAUACCAUCUCAUGACAUUCAUACCAAUAUAGGGAGCUCUUAGUCCCAAGAUAUUCACAUGGUUUAUGACAAUCAUAUAACAGUGUAUACAAAUAUAGGGAACACUUAGUCCCACCCUAUCCACAUAAACAUGUGCAGUUUUCUUACCUUUGAUUCCAAUAACUUUGACUAGUGAAAUCAACCUUCAAGAAGGACCCUGUCCGAGCCCUAGCAUACACCUAGUCAUAGCCAUAAAAUAGAACCAUCAUUAACUCAAUUCUUAAACCUAACAUCGGGACAAAUCCCGAGCCCUCGGGAAGCUCUAAUUCCACCAAACGGGGUGGUGGAAUAAAACCCCGAGCUCCCAGGCGAAAACCCUAAAAAAUAACCCAAAAACCCACUUCUGGAAACAGGGUAGCGCUACAGCGCCACAAAGUGGGCUCUAUACCACUACAAUCAGAGCAAAAUUCCCCCAGAACACGAAGUGUAGCGCUGUAGCGCCUUACUGCUAGCGCUACAACUAGCACAACCCACUUUCUGGGUUUUUCCUUCAAACUUUCCUCGAGCCAAAACUCUACCAAACCACUCCAAAACUUACCCAACCUCAAAAUUGACCUUACAACCCACUAACUCAACCAAGGCCACCCAUCAACAUCAAAAGCUCAACCAAAACAUUAUCAAACACAAAAAUCACUCUUGAGCUUAAGAACUCAAGAACACCAUAGAAAACUAGAAACCCAGAACUUCAAAGUUAGAAUUGGUUACCUUAGCUGGGUGAAUUCGACCCUAGGUUGUCUUAGAUGCUCUUCCAAACUUUAGCUCCUCAAAUCCCAAGUUCAAGCCCUUAGUUUCAAUCAAUAACCACACCCAGGAAAAUUCAAUUAAAACCCUUAAUCCUUACCUUAAUUAGCUGUUAUUUCCAGUUAGCUUCUCAACAACUUCCAAGAACCAAAGCCCCCAAGACCUUGCUUAGCCUUUUCCCUUAGUUUCCAGCUCCAAGAUCCUCAAGAAAAUGGUGAAGCAUAGGCAAACUAUGUGGGAGAGAGAGAGAGAUAACUUAGGUGCUCUAUUUUUUUUUUCUUCUUUCCUUCUUUCCUUUAACUUCUAGCUUUUUCUACCACUUCCACUAAGUCUAAAAGCAGACUAUGACUUAUCCCUUUUUGACUAAAUGACCACAUUGCCCUCCCAUUAAAAUCUAAAUCUUAAAACAUUCAAAGAGCAUUUUGGUCAUUACUCCCAAUUCCCGCUGAUUCCUCAAGUGUCCCUAAUAAUUACCGCUUAAUUCCCGUCAUCUAAAUAUUCACCAAUUAUUUUCCCCAAUGCCUAAUAAUCUCCAAUACAUCUCCUAAGUUCUCAGAAAUACCCCCAGGCUCUCCCAAGCCGGGUAUAAAUCCCCACCAUGAAUUUUUCGCUAAACCGCUCACCAGUAUCGCCUCAAGCCACAAGCUGCAAACAUAUCCACAUAAUAAUGUGGUCUUAACAAUUUAUCACAAAUAUUUACAUUUAUGCCAUCAACGAGCCAAAAUUACGAACAUGCCCUUAAGGACAAAACAGGGCCCACAUGCAUAUUCAAUACUCAUAAACAUGCAUCUAAUCAUAUCUAUAUACUCAUUUAAUCAUGCAUGCCAUAAAAUCAUGCAUUUAAUCAUUUAUUCACAUAAAUACCAAUUAUGCCCUCCUGGCACACUAAUCAAGGCCCUUAAGCCUUAUUAACAAAUUUUGGGCAGUUACACUAUCUCCUUCUUAUUGUUUGUUUUAGUCAUGGAAUAUCUUACUAGAAUUCUUAUUCAAGCCUCUCACAACAAGGAUUUCAAGUUUCAUCCUUUUUGUAAAUGGCUGAAACUAGUUAACCUGUGCUUUGCGGAUGAUCUCAUAAUAUUUUGCAAAGGGUAUCUUCGGUCUGUCUAAAUCCUCCAUGAUGGAUUUAAAAAUUUUAGUCAAGCCUCUGGUCUUUCAACCAACUUGACUAAAUCUCAUAUAUAUUUUGGUGGAGUAAUCUUUGAGGAUAAGAAAAGUAUCUUGGACUGUGUCAACAUUGAGGAGGGUUCUUUUCCCUUAAAAUAUCUGGGUGUCCCUCUUCGGCCUACUAAAUGGAAGGCUGAUGACUGUGGCUUGAUUAUUAAAAAGAUUCACAUUCACCUUCAUACUUGGUCUAGUCGUCAUCUAUCGUUUGCAAGAAUAGCUUAAUUGAUUCAUUCUAUUUUGUUAGGCAUCCAGACUUAUUGGAUGAGCAUUUUCCUUCUCCCCCAAAGUGUUAUCCAUGAAAUUGAUCGGCUGUGUAGGAAUUUUUUAUGGGGUGAGAAAGGAAAUCAAAGCAAACUCCACUUCACAUCUUGGGACCGAGUUUGUUUACUGAAAAUCCUAGGAGGUAUUGGAUUAAAGGAAGGUUCUAAAUGGAAUAAAGUUCUGUUAGCUAAAUAUGUUUGGGCGAUUACUUCUAAACAAGACCUGCUGUGGGUUAAAUGGAUAGAUGAUCUAGACCUCAAAGGUUAGAAUUUUGGGAGUAUAGUUUAAAGAUUGAUGUGAGCUGGUAUUGGAGCAAAUUAGUUAAGCUGAGAUAUUAUCUGUCUUUAGCUGAUUUGGAGGCUUCAGUUUCAAAAGGGAAAUUCAAUCUGAGUAUUCUAUAUAACCAGAUGCUGCAGCGGGAAAAGGUUAGCUUUGCUAAUGUUGUUUGGUGUAAUCUUUCUGUUUUAAAGCACAAGUUUAUUUUGUGGCAAUCGGUCAAUGGUCACCUGCUUACUCGGGAUAAUUGCCAAGUUCAAAUUGAUUCUAACUUGUGCCCUUUUUGUGAGAUUGAAGUCGUGUAACACCCUAACUUUUUCUUAUAUAAAAACUAUUCAAAAUAAAAUAUAUAAAUAAACAGUAGAUGUCGCCAUAUUUAUUAAAUGUAAAAGAAAUUUCGACAAAAUGGGAUCCUAGUAAAAAAAAAAACAAUAUAUUCUUAAAAUAAACAUAGCAACAACCUCUAUUCAAAUAAAUAAAUAAAGUUAGCUUGUCCGAGAUCUCCCAUCGAUUAUAUGGUCCUCACAGGAUACACACACUUCUGGACCAAGUCUCAGCUUAUUGCAUCUUCCCUAAAGAAAUUCUUAAUUUAUGAGGUAAGGAAGUUAGAUAGAAUAAGUCUUCGUGUUAUGAUCUGUUGACGGUAAGAACUCGUCAACGAUUAAAGGUUAGAAAACUUAGAUUUCUAUACUACAGAAAGCUUUGAAUCAGAUGGAAAGAACUUGAAUCAACAGAAAAAACCAGAGCAACAAUAAAACAAAGAUCAUAUAUUUCUUAAGUCUCUUUCAUACAAUCAGUUUUCCAACCCCUUAACCUGAGGGGUUGGAGCCUAUUUAUUGGGGGGCUUUAUUGGCCCCUGAUACAAACAAGUCCCAGGGGAUAGGGAUGUACACGGGUACUCUGAUAGUGUAGUGGCUCAGGGCGUAGUGGUGUCUACCCUGAUAAUGCCAGAGUCGUGGCCUAGGACAUAGUACUGUCGACUCUGGCGUAUGAUCGGGGGUGUUCAAGUGGUACCACUACUCUUCGUACAGGUCCGUACUGCCACUACUCCUCAGAUGCAGAUGACAGGGUCGUGCCUCUGUUCUCUUCACAACCGUACGCCCUGUGUCAAUACACGUGUCCUGUACCCAGUCGUCCUCAUCAAUCCCCGUUUGAUGCCCAAUGUUUGCUUGGCACACCCAUUAAGUGUCUCUAAGUGCCCCUCGUGCCAAUGUCAAGGAGGCUUCAACCUAUCUGUGUCAUGAGAAGCCGAGGCGCUAGGAGUCGAGGCUGGCCUAUGUAGGUCACGUGGAGGCGAGGCUGAGGACACGGGCGGGGCAACGAGGCCACACCCUCGCAUAGCGAGGCUGAAGACACGGGCAGUGCAACGAGGCCGCAUCCUCGCAUAGCGAGGGUCUCUCGCAUAGCGAGGCUGCCCCUCUUCCCCCCGGGUGUAGGUGUGGCGAGGCUCGGGGCACGGGCGCCGCAACAAGGCCACACCCUCGCACAGCGAGGGUGUCUCGCAUAGCGAGGCUGACCUUCUUCUCCCGUGUGCAGGCAAGGCAAGGCCCGAUGCUUGAGGGGACCCUCGCAUAGCGAGGGUGGCGCUUGGAUUGGCAAGCGGUCGAGGGCCCUCGAAUAGCGAGGGUGGCCCUCUUAGCCCAAUUCCCUCAACACCGUGCGACGUCCUUGUCCCCUUGUGCGGGCAAUAAGUAGCUUUUAGGAUGUCUCGUAGUGUAGAGCUUCACUUGUGAAUGGAAUUCACAAGGGAAAAAUUCCCACAUUUACACUUCCCCUCGAGUCUAUAAGUACACUUUUAAGUGUGUUUGUAGACUCUCUCUUUUUCUCUUGCCCGACAUGUAUGGCCAAUCCUUGGGGGACUUAGCCUUGGAGGGUUUCCCAACGUCGCUCGAAGAAAUACGAAGUGAGACUUGGAGUUGUGUUUCUUUAUAGUGUCCAAAGAAACACAACAACCACCUAACCCUUGGGGGAUCCAUGAAAAUUCCUAAGAUUGCAUAAAGGCUAAUCAUUCUCAAUUGCGGAUCCCAAGGUUACCCAUACUCUUGAUCUCCACCAUUCAUAGGGAUAUAGAUCCAAUGGCUAGGGGGCCUUGACUUUCCUUAUAAAUACCCCAAGGCUUGAAGCCAUUUCUCCACACCAAGACUUGCCUAGCCUAGUGGCAUUCCCUCCAAUUCACUUUCAAGAGUUCAAGGGUUCUAUCCACCUCCAAAGCAUUCUUGAGGUAACCUUUCUUUUAUUUUCGCUAUUCAUCUUCCUUUCUUCUUUCUUUCUUUAUUUUUUUAUUAAAUUUUGUUUUUAGCUUUGCAGUGACGCUGGGCAUUCUCUUGCUCCUACGGUCUUGCCCCUGCUCCUAUGCAAGUCUAUCCUUGCACCCCUUCAGCUUCAUAUUCCCACAGGUAUGCCUCCUUCCUCUCUUCUUCCUUUUGUUUUACAUUGAUUACGUGAGGGUAGAAUUAAUGGUUGCACGACACUCAUUCUUCAGAGUUUGUCAUUCUUUUCAUAUAGCCUUUCCAGUACCCAUACACAGGCCCUUUUCUUAUACCCCUCACACUCAUGUUGUAGAUAUAGGGUCACCCUUAUGCGUACACGCCCUCGAGUCUUAGCUGGUCCAUGGCGUCUAGGCGAUGUCCCGAAGGUUCGUCCAAUGUUGAAUUUAUUGAGUUGUCAUCCUCCGACUCAGGGGUCGACGUACGUAGACCCUCUAACCGCGGGGGUGUGCAGGCGCUAUACCUCUGGAGACUGUCCUACCUCAGACAUAAAGCGUGCGGCCUGGAGAGGGAGCUAGAAUCUCACCCCAGGGACACGGGUUUUGGUCUCUCCCCCCAGCAAGCGACAUACAUUUCCCAGCUACAAUCAAUCCUCUAGGAUUGCCUUUCUGAAAUUGCUUGCCUAGAAGAAAACUUGCCCCCUGAGCCUUUUUCCUUUUGUCGUGACGAGUCUCCCGAUCAUAGGGAUUCCUCCUUCGAAGGCGGUAGAUGUGAAUUGGUUGAACCAGAGUUCCUUUCCAUGGUUCCGCCUGUGCUUCCUCUCCUAUCCCAGGUCUUGCGCCCUAGGGUCAAGCAAAGCGCUGGUAGACAUAGGACAUGUGGGGGAUCUUCCAGGACCCUCAGAAAGUCUAUUGCUCAUAAACUGCCUAUCUUUAUCCAGGUACCUGAGAUGUCGAAGAGAGCCUUGGACACUUCCGAAGAAACCGGCAGGUCCACACUUACCCUAAAGAAACUGGGCAACAUGCUAAAAGCUCAUAAGUUAGCACUGAAUCUCAAGUUCAUUAUACCAGAGCACAAGGAACGUGCGUCCGCACUACCAAAAGGGUUCGUGGCCUUCAGCGAUUCCAUAAUCCGAUCUGGUGGAGCUUUUCCACUUCACCCUUUCUUCAUUAAAGUGUUGGACUACUUUGAAUUGGCGCCACUACAAUUGUCCCCCAACUCCUGGGUGAUGCUUAGCUGCUUAUAUGUGUUGUACCGUCAGGUGUACUCUAGGGGGCCUUCGAUAAGCGAGGUUCAUUACUUCUUCACCUUGAGGGAGAAUACAUCAGCCCCCGGGUUCUACAUCCUCCAGAAAGCCGUGACCCUUAAAGGGAGUUCCCUCGUGGAGGGCUCCAUUUCCAAUAGGGGGUCGUGGAAGUCAGACUACUUCUUUACUUAUAGCGGGCAGACCCGACACUCUAGCUUUAACACCCCACGUAAGGCUAUUCUAUCCCAUAUAUCAGAGGUUUCUCUUAUUACUCGACUUCUCUCUUUUUUUAUAGCUUUUCUAACUGUAGUUAUUUCUUUUCUUUUGAUGGCAGGUCUCUUAGGGGUUGUUUGUCCCAACUUGAAACGGUCGGCUCAUGACCGAGUAAUACAAAUCCUGGCCCUGUCGAAAGGAUGCAAACAAGCCAGCGCCCUUUUCACAGAGAGCAAUCUCUGCUUGUACGGGUUGCUGACCCCGGACCAGAAAGUUACCCUAUGCUCCAUUUCCUCUGAAUCUGAGGAUCCACGCCCCGUGUCACCUGACCCCGCGUCACCCGUCCCUGCGGGUCGACACCCUACAUCACCUGAAUCUGUGGAUCAACCCCCAGCGGCACCUGUACUUGGGAGUCCGUGGGUAUAUGGUCACGAUGAAAGAAAUUAUGAUGAAGUAGCCGAUAGGGAUUAUGUCAACCCCCCGGGUGACCAUAUGGACGUUGGGGAGACCGUGGUGUUUGAGAACUAUUCUUGCUUGUACUCCGUUGUUGGCAGGGCUAAGGGUGUAGCCGAUGACGGUCAUACUGGCGGUGCUACCUCUCGAAUGUCGCCGUCGAUGCCUGGCGGCGAGUUUUCCUUCAAUGCCCCUGUCCCUUGCCCCUCCGUGCCUAGAAGGAAUUUUGUCAUUCCUCCUUUUGAUGGGGCUCCUUUACCCCCGGGGAGGUAUCCCAGGCAGGCAUCCACAGGCGCCUCUUUACCCAAGGAAACGACUCCGCACUCUUCUGCUCCCCGCACAACUGCAGAUGGGUCAGGGCCUUCUCGGUCCCCAUCCCUGCCAAAGCGAGCCUCGGCAGGCACUCGCGCCUCCCCCGACCCAUCUCAUGUUUCUAUUCCUGAAGAUCAUCCUCUGGCGAGCCAGUAUGGGGAAGCCAUGAGCCAUCAUCUGGGAAACUUUCCCAAGGGUGAAUGGGGGAUGCUGCACAAUGUCCCCGAGGCUGAGCUAGAGAACGCCUAUAUGCGAGCCUCCCUACAGGCUUCCAUCUUGAGCCAUCGGCUGCUCGCCUCCCACUCUUCAUUGGCCCAACGGUUGCAACACGAGCUUGAGGAGGCACUGGGGAACCUAUCGGUGGCCGAGACUGCAAAGGAUGCCUUGUCAAGUCAACUGGCUAAGGCAGUGUGCCAGAGGGAUGCCGCCUUGGCCCGGGCUGCAUCAACCUCCCAUACCAACAUUCAGCUAGAGGCUUCCAUCCAAACUCUAAACGGGAGGAUCACUGCGCUCGAGGCUGAGCUUGUGAACGUUGAGAAUCGCAUAAUCGAGAAAACGUUGCAUGCUGUUUGGAGGACUAACCCCACCGUUGACCUAUCUCCUUUUGGGGACUAUGCCGUCGAGAAGAUUUCUGAGUGGAAGGGUCGAGAUGGAGAUUUGUAGGUUCCUUUGUACUCAGUCUAUGUAUGUUUUUGUUAUGUAAUCCCUCGCACCAUUUCUUCUUUUUUUUUUUUUUUAUCAAAGUUAAGGGGCUCUGGUAAGUCCCUCUUAUUACUAUUGUUUGUGGAUUACAUAUUUUUCCUUGAUCUGAUGGCGAUAAUCUUUCUGGUGCACCUUGAUUAUACUUGUAAGGACACGUUAACCCGUUGGGCUGUUGGGGUCCUUUUACAUUCUUUGCGCGCGCUUGUUACUUUUUUGCGAGAAGUGUCAUUCUCGUCGUUAUACAUAGUACUAUUUUUUCAAGGGUCCCUUGUAAGACCCUUUUUGGCUAGUCGGCUUAAUGGCCGAUCUAGACUUAUCGGGUGAUUCCCUCCUUACGGCCUCACCUCUUGGGGUGUCGGCCUUUAGUUAGAGGUCAUCCUUUUAAACUGUUCCCUUGAUAUUCAUAAGGGUAGCUAAUCCUUUUGAAUAUAAG